CGCUCAACAAGGCAGCAUUAUGGCAGUUAUUAAGUUGGUGUUGACAGCAGCAGCGCUGGUGGUGGUAGCGGUGAAUGGAGCCAACGGGGACUAUUUGGUGGGCCAAGUGGACCACCUGGGCCACGUGGACCACCUGGCCCACUUCAUCAGCAAGAGAGCAGUUCUCCUGGAUGACGACUUCGCGCCAGUAGCAGCAGCUUCAGCAGCAGAAGAAGCAGUAGUAGCCCCCACCUCACGCCAGCCCCGGGAGUCGCCCUACCCGGCGCCCAUCGCCAAGAGCUACCCCAGGGGCAGGGUGGGACCCGUCUACACCUUCGUCAAGACAGACUACAACGGCAACUUCAAGUGGGGCGUCCGUCACCGCGCCGGAGCCCAGUAUGGCGGCGGCUACCACUGAGGCCGAUGGCGCCCUGCUUGAAGCGUGUCAACACCACCCCCGCCGCCGCUGACGUUCUCGGCACGUCCAGGGCGGGGGGGGGGGGGGGGGUUUACGUGUGGCAGACAUCACCAAGACCGUUACUACCACACAAACUACAACCAUUGCUCUACAACGCUUCUACAAGCGACGACCUCGCGUCACCACACACCACCACCCUCUGGGCGGUGACUAUAACAUCACAGCGUCAUCACUUUAUCCCCCCCAUCGUGACGGUCAACGUUGAUGUUUUCCGACAGGGAACUGACUAACCUUCCUAGGGAAGGCUGACUAUCUUUCUCCGACGGUGCUGACUAUCCUUGCUUGACGCUGACUAUCCUUCUCCGUCCGGACUUACUAACCUUCCUAACAACCUAAUCUCACCUUUCGACAAAUCCCACCUACACUUCACCACUGGACUAGCGGAUACACCCACCUGCAGCGGUCCCAUGUCUCUCUCCACACCCCUGAGGUUACGGGGGAAGGUCCCAUCCAAGACCUUGAGCUUGGGGACUGCGACAGGUCAUAACGCUCUCUAGUCACCAAGACUGUCGUCGACCUCUCCGUUAACCCCCCGCCCCGUCUGCACUACCAUCUGGUGUGGGGGGCCCUUCAGGGGCACCAGGUGUCAGGGGUCACCCUCUGGAGGUCACCCUCUGGAGGUCACCAUCUUCCCCCUGCCCGACAAUGUGGGUUCCCGCCUCCACCAGUCACACGUGUCUUGUAAAUAGUAAUAUUAUUUUGUUGUUCCUCUUAGCUUUUUGUAAUAAAAAUAGC